CCAAUAAAAAUUAGUGACUUGAUGGAGUAUGUGAGGUUAGGGAAGGAGGAUGACUGCUUUUUACUCAGAAAAGAAUUUAAAGAAAUUCCAGACAUGAAUGGCGGAGCCUCGUCGACGUCAGGCAACAAAACCGAGAACAGAUACAAAAAUAGAUUUAUAAAUAUACUUCCGUAUGAUCACUCCCGCGUUGUUUUGGAUGGCGUCGGAUCAGACUACAUCAACGCUAACUACAUAGAUGGCUACAAAAGAGCAAAGGCCUAUAUUGCUUCGCAAGGUUCAUCAUUCUGGACAGUGGAGGACAUGUGGCGCAUGGUCUGGCAGGUAGACGCGCUACGAAUUGUCAUGGUGACGAACCUGAUCGAGAAGGGCCGUGUCAAGUGCGAGCAGUACUGGAGCGACGUUGAAAACGAAGAAAAACUCUACGGAGACAUCGUCGUGACCUUGAGAGAUGUCGAAGUGACGACGGACUACAUCAUCAGGACAUUUGAACUAAGGCACAAGGAUAAUGACGUCAUCAGGAGCGUCAAGCAGUUCCAUUAUGUAGCCUGGCCUGACCACGGGGUACCCGAUAGGGUGUGGCCGAUUAUUUCAUUCAGGCGGAAAGUUAGGCAGUAUGAUGAUUCGCAUCCUGGAGUUGUGCUCGUUCACUGCAGCGCUGGGGUUGGUAGGACAGGGGCCUACAUAGCACUGGACUAUCUGCUGGACCAAUCGGCCAAUGAGCAGGCCAUUGACGUUUUCCAGUUCACCAGCAAUAUGAGGAAGGAUCGAGUCAAUAUGAUACAAACACUGGACCAGUACAUAUUCGUAUACGAUGCCCUCCUUGAAGCCCUUAACAUUAAGAACACGAUCAUAUCCAGCUCGGAAUUUCCCACAAAAUUUCACGAACUGAAAACGAAACUAGCUAAGCUGGAAAAGCCGGCUACCGUUUCUAAAAAUAAGAAUAACAAAAAUAACAAGGAUGAUGACAAACCAGACGAUUAUAAACUUGGAGACUCAGAAGAGAAUAAGGAGAAAAACAGAUACCCAAAUAUAUUACCUGCCGACAACCACAGACCAUACCUGAUGACGAGAGUGCAAGGAACCAAUGAUUACAUAAAUGCCGUCUAUCUUGAUAGUUACAGAAAGAAGAAUGCCUACCUAAUAACCCAAAUGCCAAUGACCCACACCGUAAUUGAUAUGUGGAGGUUGGUGUACGAGGUUCGCUGUGGCACCCUCAUCAUGCUGAACCCCUGGGAUGAAAACGAUCAAACAUACGGACAGUACUGGUCAGAGGAGAAUGAAGAGUGCGAGUGUGGCCCAUUCAUGAUCGAAGCCAUGUCGGUGAACAGGGAAAACGAGCACAUCACCGUCCGAGAACUUAAGUUGACCUUUAACCUCUCUGACGAUGAAGAGGUCAGUGUGUUUAAUAAUGACGUAGACUGUGACGUCACAGGGCUGGCCACGUUUAAAAACACCCUAAUUAAUAUGCUGGAGUACGUUGAGAAAUCUCAGAUCAAAACCGGCAACAAUCCCAUCAUUAUACAUUGCAGGGAUGGAGUGACGCACAGUGGUCUGUAUGCGACGAUAAGUUGUGUGAUUGAGCGAUUGAAGGAUGAGCAGGAGGUUGACAUUUUUCAAUCAGUGCGUCGGAUGAGAGAUCACAGGCCGUCAAUCAUUAGGAAUUAUGAGCAGUACAAAUUGUGUUACGAGAUGGUACUCAACUAUCUAUCUGAAUUCUCUAUCUACUCAAAUUUCAGA